AUGAGGAUACGGACAAAGGGGGCAACGGGGACACAUAGGGAGGGAAAGGGGGCAACGACGGCACGGAGGGAGGGGGCAACGACGGCGCGGAGGGAGGCGGGCAACGACGGCGCGGAGGGAGGCGGGCAACGACGGCGCGGAGGGAGGCGGGCAACGACGGCGCGGAGGGAGGCGGGCAACGACGGCGCGGAGGGAGGCGGGCAACGACGGCGCGGAGGGAGGCGGGCAACGACGGCGCGGAGGGAGGCGGGCAACGACGGCUCGGAAGGGGAGAGGGCGGGCAAAAAGGGCGACGGCGCGGGCAAAAAGGGCGACGGGGCGGGCAAAAAGGGCGACGGCGCGGGCAAAAAGGGCGACGGGGCGGGCAAAAAGGGCGACGGGGCGGGCAAAAAGGGCGACGGGGCGGGCAAAAAGGGCGACGGGGCGGGCCAAAAGGGCGACGGGGCGGGCCAAAAGGGCAAUGGGGCAGGCCAAAAGGGCGACGGAGCGGGCCAACAGGAAUAG